AAGACAUAUUUAUGUUACCCACAAGCAAUAUGAGAAUACUUUUGGAGGCAUGUUAAGCGUGUUACAGCAGUAAUUUAAAAUAUGUUGGCUGGCAGAUUAUUAAACACAUCAAAACUACACUGAAAAAUAUUUAUGUUGCCUUCACAUGGUGCACAAAAGGUACGUUGGGAGGCAAAUUUUCAUUGACAUUGUUAUACGCAUGUCUACGUAGUUCACGCUAUUUACAGGGAGGGGGCACUAGCGCAGGCAAACUCUUAGCUCAGACUAUCAAGCCUUGCUAAAUCACCGCUCUCUCCAAGGAAACAAAACAAUAUAGAAUUGGGUUGACGGCGUGCAGCAAGCAUAGACCCUCUCUCAACACGACGACGCGCUUUCCCCUGGAAUGAGCGUUCCAUGCAGCAUCCUAGGUAUGAAUGACGUGGCCUGGCAGGAGACAAGAGGUGGGAUGCUGCAUGCAAAUGGUGCUCCUGAGACUGGAGGUGUCAGAGUUCAUGGUGGAGGGCCCUUAGCCACAGUUGGGGGAGCCGGACAGGCUCCUGGAGUGCCACAUUUACAGGGCAUGGACAGGGGUGUUAACCCUACCCCAGGUACACCGCAGCCUCCACUAAGUGGACGAUCUCAGGAUGAUGCCACAGUCGGAUAUUUCUUUCAGAGACAGCCUGGAGAGCAGCUUGGAGGUUGCACGCCCAGCAAGCACCGUUGGCCAACUGGAGAUGCCAAUCAUGUUGAUCAGGUCCGUGCUGUGGAUGAAAUGAACUAUGAUUUCCAAGCUCUUGCUUUGGAGUCGAGGGGCAUGGGAGAGCUUCUGCCAGCAAAAAAGCUCUGGGAUUCUGAUGAGUUGGCCAAGGAUGGAAGGAAAGGGAUGCUUCUUGGCGAGGAAUGGAGGGACAAUGCCUGGGGAUCAUCUCCUUUUUAUUCAGAUCAUUCAGUGUCUCAGCCAAUCAUGGUGCAGCGGCGACCAGGCCAGAGUUUCCAUGGGAAUGGUGAUGCCAAUUCUGUGCUUUCACCUCGCUCAGAAGGUGGAGGCCUUGGGGUGAGCAUGGUGGAGUACGUCUUGAGCUCCUCUCCUGGCGACAAGAUGGAUGGUCGAUACAGGAAUGGUGGCUACGGUGGAGCAGAUGUUGACCAAGAUGGGAGAGAGAAGAGUGAUGCCCAAGAGAAAGUGUCUCCCUUUGAAGAAGACAAGAGCCCAGAGAUGAAGGUGGGGGAUGAGAAUGACCCAGCUAAAGCCAAUGGAAGGGGUCUACUAAACGGCAUGGACAGAGACUGCAAAGAUUUCAAUCCAACCCCUGGAAGCCGUCAAGCUUCUCCUACUGAGGCCGUGGAGCGGAUGGGUCCCAGUCAGACAAGUUUGGAGAUGAUGGCACAGCACCACCCCCAUGCCCUCCAGCAACACAACCCCACCCAAAACAAGGCCCCAGCUGAGGACUACCAGAACCAGGAGGCCCAGAACAUGGGAGGCAUGGAGCAGCAAGCUGGAGUGGAGUCCCUCCAGUUUGACUAUGCAGGGAACCAGAUUCAGGUGGACUCAUCAGGGACUCCAGUAGGAUUGUUUGACUACAACUCUCAGCAGCAGUUGUUCCAGAGAUCUAAUCCCCUGGCUGUCCAGCAGCUCACUGCAGCUCAACAGCAACAAUACGCCCUGGCAGCAGCCCAGCAGCAGCAUCUCGCUGGGCUUGCUCCUGCUUUUGUGCCAAAUCCUUACAUCAUUAAUGCUGCCCCCCCUGGAACCGAUCCCUACACUGCUGCUGGGCUGGCAGCAGCAGCCACGCUUGCAGGGCCCACAGUGGUUCCACCACAGUACUAUGGUGUUCCUUGGGGUGUGUACCCGGCAAAUCUUUUCCAGCAGCAGGCAGCAUCAACUGCCAAUCACUCUGCUAAUCAGCAAGCAUCCAAUCAGGGACCAGGGCCAGGCCAGCCACAGGUGAUGCGCACUGGAACCAACCAGCGACCUCUCACACCUGGGCAAGGUCAACAGAGUCAGCAGGAAUCUCUAGCUGCUGCAGCUGCUGCAAACUCUGCAUUGGCAUACACAGGAAUGCCUGGUUAUCAGGUGUUGGCCCCUGCAGCGUAUUAUGACCAAACUGGGGCUCUGGUGAUGGGCCCUGGUGCCCGAUCUGGUCUAGGUGGGCCAGUUCGUCUAGUCCAGACCCCUCUCCUCAUCAACCCUGCAGCAGCACAAGCUGCUGCAGUGUCAGCAUCUGGCUCUGGUAACAACAUGUCUGGUCCUCCAGCCAACGGGCUGUACCGCUCCAUGCCUCAACCCCAACCCCAGCCACAACAGCAGCAGGCUCCCCCGCCCAGCAGCGGCCUGCCCUCCAGCUCUUUCUAUGGCUCUGGAUCAGUCCCUAACACGUCUCAGAGCAGCUCCCUUUUCUCACACACCUCCGCUGCACCACCACCAAGCUCUUCUCUGGGCUUCAGCAGUACCGGUGGCUCUCUUGGCGUGGGCCUGGGCUCUGCUCUUGGAGGCUUUGGCUCUUCUGUAUCCAGCUCUACUAGUAGCAGUGUAUCUCGCAGGGACUCCCUGUUGGCAAGUUCUGAUCUAUACAAACGCGGUGGCAGUAGUUUAACUCCUAUCGGCCAGCCCUUUUACAACAGCCUGGGUUACUCCUCUUCACCCAGCCCCAUUGGCCUCACACCAGGUCACUCUCCACUCACUCCUCCACCUUCUCUGCCCUCUUCUCAUGGAUCCUCCUCUAGCCUUCAUCUAGGUGGCCUGACAAAUGGCAGUGGACGUUACAUUUCUGCAGCGCCUGGAGCUGAGGCCAAGUACCGGAGUGCUGGCGGGACGUCCAGCCUCUUCAAUUCCAGCAGCCAGCUGUUUCCUCCGUCUCGGCCCCGCUACAGUCGCUCUGAUGUCAUGCCGUCUGGACGCAGCCGCCUACUGGAAGACUUCAGGAACAACCGUUUCCCAAACCUCCAACUUCGUGACCUGCCGGGACACAUGGUGGAAUUCUCUCAAGACCAGCAUGGAUCCAGAUUUAUCCAACAGAAGUUGGAGAGAGCCACUCCUGCUGAGAGGCAGAUGGUGUUUGGAGAGAUUCUGCAAGCCGCAUACCAACUGAUGACUGAUGUAUUUGGGAACUAUGUCAUCCAAAAGUUCUUUGAGUUUGGAAGUGCAGACCAGAAGCUGGCUUUGGCAACACGUAUUCGCGGACACGUCCUUCCCCUGGCUUUGCAGAUGUAUGGUUGCAGGGUCAUUCAGAAAGCCCUAGAGUCCAUUUCCUCAGACCAGCAGGUAAUUAGUGACAUUGUCCGUGAGCUGGAUGGCCACGUGCUGAAAUGUGUCAAGGACCAGAAUGGCAACCAUGUGGUGCAGAAGUGUAUUGAGUGUGUCCAGCCCCAGGCCCUACAGUUCAUUAUUGAUGCUUUCCAAGGACAGGUGUUUGUGCUUUCCACACACCCCUAUGGCUGCAGGGUUAUCCAAAGGAUUUUGGAGCACUGCACCCAGGAGCAGACUCUACCCAUCCUGGAAGAGCUGCAUCAGCACUCUGAACAGCUGGGCCAGAAAUAUCAAGGCGUAUCAUUGGAGAUGACACCCAAAACAUAUUAUACAGUGUCCCGUGAUGCACUGUUCAAGGACCAGUAUGGUAACUACGUCAUUCAGCAUGUUUUGGAGCACGGCAGACCAGAAGAUAAGAGCAAGAUAGUUGCAGAGGUUCGCGGAAAGGUUCUUGUCCUCAGCCAACACAAAUUUGCAAGUAAUGUUGUGGAGAAGUGUGUGAUCCAUUCUUCGCGUGCAGAGAGAGCUCUGCUGAUAGAUGAAGUGUGUUGCCAGAAAGAUGGGCCCCACAGUGCCCUGUACACCAUGAUGAAGGACCAGUAUGCCAACUAUGUUGUCCAAAGGAUGAUUGACAUGGCAGAACCUGCUCAGCGCAAAAUCAUCAUGCACAAGAUCCGGCCUCACAUCGCCACUUUACGCAAGUACACCUAUGGGAAACACAUUCUGGCCAAGCUAGAAAAGUACUACAUGAAGAGUGGAUCUGAACUGGGUCCCAUUGGUGGCCCCACAAAUGGCCUCAUGUAGUCACAUGGACAUCCUGGAUCCCCUGAAGAAGUGGAGGAGUAGGACCCCCAAACCCCCUGUUUUGUGAGAGAUGCUCCUUAGCCAUAGGGGUUAGCUUUUGACACCCUCUGUCAUCCCAUUUUUUGGGGGAAUUACCAAAAAGAAAGAAAAUAAGAAAGACAAGUCAAGUUCACCUAAGAACGCUGUGACAACUGACCCCUGCCACUCUGCCACCCCUGGUGCCAGGUCCCCAGCGUGCCCCCCCACCCCCAGGGGACGCACAGUCAGCAGGCCGAGAAUUUUGUUUUGUUUUUUUUGUUUUUGUUUUUUUCCUGGGUAAAACACAAGCCCAUUGUUAAUGAUGUAAUUGAUGUAUUUGACUGGUUUUCAUAUUAUCUUGUACAUUCAGUUUUUUACCUUGUAAAUUCUCUGUAGAAAAAAAAACUUAUACACAGUUGCUGAAAUUUACAAUUCCUACAAUUAACACCAGCAAGUGAUUUUAUAAGGCUAAACUAAGUGAUCCUUUAAAAAAAAAAAAAUCCAUUUGUUUUUGUAACCAGACUUAUUAUGUCAGCUGUCCUAAUUAAUGCUAGGCAAUUGAAUAUUAUAUUUGUAUAUUAUCCCAUGCACAGUUAAAGUAUUUUCCCAUGCCAAAGCAGCUGAUGGAUUAGUUUUCCAAUAGCACUACAUAGUAUGGAUGGAUACAAACCCCUCCGUCCACAGGAGAGUACUAUGUGCCACAGUCACCCAGAGGUCUUCAAGACCGGUUUGCGAGCUUGGCUUUGGGGAUUGGUGCUUCAGUCUAGGGUAGUGUUUUUCAGUGGUGGCUUUUUCUUGCCUGCCUGAUAUUUCGGUACUAAAUAUUACAGACUGACCAACCUGAGCUGCUGCAUCCACUGAGCCCCAUUUGAGCCGUUUUUCCCUCAUCCAGGUGAUCACUCGGGUUUUAUGCAAGAUAAAAGCUACCAUUAACUUAUAGAUGCAGAGCAUGAGGUUUGGUUGUACAGCGGGUGCGUAACCUGGUAUAAUCUUAACGUGAAAUGAGCGUAGUGGGCGGGGGUGGGUGUUGAGUGGGGUGGGAGUGGGCUAUGUGUUGGCAUGCUGUGACAGGUUUUAAUCCUUGGAAUGAAUUUUUUUCUUUAUCGUGUUUUGUGUAACAUCUGUCUGUGUAGUUUGAGAUGAACACUGCCGUAGGAAAUCUUUAUGUACUGAAUAAUCAUCUCUUGCGUAGAAGUAGUUUAGCAAUGUAUAGCAUCUUUAUGUAUGAGUAAAUUGUUGCUUUUUGGUAGGGGGCUUGCAGCAAUGAUGGGACCCCCACCGCCUGAAGGUCAGGUCAGGUCAGAGUAGUCCAAAAAAAACAUGUUGUGAUGUGGAGCUUAUCCGGGUUUUGUACAUCUGAUGUGAAAUGAACUAGAGCUAGCGGGAUGAGUUAAAGAAGGGGAUGCUGAAAGAACCGUUUUUUUUUUGUUUUUGUUUUUUUUUAAGUGGUUCUAUUUUUGUUUGUUUUUUUCCUUUUUUUUUCCUUUUUUUUUUUUUUUUUUUUUUUUUAAUAAUAAGCUUCUUUUCAAUUGGUUGGGAAUGGGAAUGCAAGUGCUUUGGUGGAGGCCGGUGGGGCCAUCGAAAGCUAUACAAUUCACCUGUAAUGCUCGUAGUGAUGGCUUCUUUGCUUCAUAUGAAUAAUUGUAGAAUACAUGUAGUAUAUGUGCAGUUAAUAAGUCUAUGAUUAUUAGUUUAAUUGAAGAAAAAAAAAGUCUAGUCGUGGUGUUUGACAGGCCUUGCGCUAAAUUUGUAGUGAUGCUUUUAUUUCGUCUGUACAGUUGUACAUUUGUAAACGUUUAUGCUGUAAAUGGGAUGUCUUUUACACUUUUUGGGGAGAAAAAAGGCAAAAAUGUGCAUUUUGAUGUGUGUAUAUUCAUCACUCCUUUCCCCUUGAAUAUAAUGUAUACAGUUUUAUUUGAUCAAUUGUUGUUUUAAAGGAGAAAAAAAAGUUUAUGGCUUCACAAUCUGGCAUGGUUUUUUGUUUUUAAUCCGUUAUGGGAAAGGCCAGCCUCUAUUUGUACUGGAGCUGUAACAUCCACUGUUGAUAGUCUUUCUGAUGUGUGACAGUUUAAAAAGAAGAAGAAAAAAAACACUCUACUAAAACAGAGGCUGCAUUUAGUCCUCUCUGCUGCCAUGGAACCUUCACAGGAUAUGACAAGAAUUAUUUUUGUACAGAAGAGUGCUGUAUUUUGGAACAGCUACUACCUUGUAAGCAAAAGCAAUGUAAAAUAUUGUCAAUUAUAUAAAUAUGAACAUAUGAGUUUUGUCACACUGUCAAAGUCAUGUACAUUUUCAGGUGGCCUUAUGUACAUUUCCAGAUGUUAGAUGAAGAAAAACAAACUCAUUUUUGGAAGCAGAAUUGUGACUAUGUAUGAUUAAACUGUUCUUCUAACAUUU